AUGUCUCUUCGCCUUUGUGUCCUUUCAAUUCUCCUCUUAACUGUAUGGAACAUCAAUGGCAUUCAAGUGUUUGGCGAGCAAAAACGUUUUCCUCAAGAAAUAUCGGAAAAGUUAGAUGAAUAUUGGAACUUAUAUAAGGCCCGUUACAAUAAAAGUUAUACUGGAAAACUCGAGACCAAUCGAAGAAUAGCUUGGGAAGAAAAUCUAAUAACGAUUUAUAAGCACAAUAUGAUGGCAGCUGCGGGUCAUCACAGCUACACAUUGAGAGACAAUCAUAUUGCCGAUCUCGGAACUAGGCAAUAUAUUCGAAAUAUGGUAAAAUUGAUUCCUAGCCGUAAGCGACGCGUAUCGAAUGAACCGAUAGUUGGAGCAGCAUUGCACGAUCCUCGAAAAAUUCCACAACGGCUCGAUUGGCGCGAAGUUGGAUUUAAAACAGAGCCAGAAAAUCAACGAGAUUGCGGAAGUUGUUAUGCGUAUUCAAUAGCUACGAGCAUUCAAGGGCAAAUUUUUAAACAAACAGGAAUGUUGAUUCCACUGAGUGAACAGCAAUUAGUAGAUUGCAGUACAUCUACUGGAAACUUAGGUUGUUCUGGCGGAUCUCUAAGAAACACACUGAGAUAUCUUGAAAAGGCAAAAGGUUUAAUGGCUAGAAGUCAUUAUCCAUACAGAGCAGAACAAGGUACGUGUCGUUACAAAGAAGAAUUGAGCGUGGUUAAUAUCACUUCAUGGGCAGUUUUACCGGCACGUGAUGAAAAAGCUUUGGAAGCUGCCGUGGCGACCAUAGGUCCAAUAGCUGCCUCAGUAAAUGCAAGUCCAAAAACAUUUCAACUUUAUCACAAAGGAGUCUAUGAUGAUGAACUUUGUAGCUCGGAUAUGGUGAAUCACGCUAUGGUGAUUGUUGGAUAUACGCCAACUGAAUGGAUCUUGAAAAACUGGUGGGGUGAUGGAUGGGGUGAAGAUGGAUACAUGCGUCUGGCUAAAAACAAAAAUCGAUGCGGUAUAGCCAAUUACGCAGCAUAUGCAAAAGUUUGA